AACUAGAUCGCAUAUGAAUCCGUAUUCAAGUGUAGCCCAUCCCGCACAUAUCUACAAUUUGGGAGAUGAGGUACGAGCAAGGCUUGGAGAUAAGUACUUUCCUGCGAAGAUUAUCGAGGUCAAUAUAAACAAAUCGGAUCCUCUUAAAAACCGAUACUAUGUCCACUUCGGCCAUGUGAAUCGUCGAAUGGAUUCAUGGAUGUCGGCUGCGGAUAUUCUUCCCUACAAGCUAGAUAACGAGGUAGUACUGUCUUUUCCCGAUGUUUCGUAGAUUAUCGAGAAAGACAAAAUUGUAGAUACUAUUAAUAAAUUCGAAGUGGCCGGAGUCACAAUCCAGCAAGCAUCCGGUGUUAUCGAGUUUUACGAGCCUGAGCACACCAGUAAAAUGGGAAUGGACGAUGCCUCCAUCCGCGAGCACGAAGAAGUGACGAAGGUGAAAAACAUUCAAUCCAUCCAGAUCGGUUGUUUCAUCGUGGACACGUGGUACUUCAGUCCCUUCCCCAAAGAAUUCUACCCCACAGGCCACACCGACCGUCUUUUCAUCUGCGAGUACUGCCUGAGCUUCUUCUUAACGUACUCGGAGCUUCACCGACACAUGCAGAAAUGCACGUUCUACAGCCCUCCAGGCGACGAGAUCUACCGGAAGGACAAUCUGAGCGUGUUCGAAGUGGACGGGAACGGCAAUUAUUACCAGCGCGUGUAUUGCGAGAAUCUGUCGUACAUCGCCAAGCUCUUUCUGGACCACAAAACGCUCUACUUCGACGUGACGCCGUUCUAUUUCUAUGUGGUGACGGAGUACGACGACCAGGGCUAUCACGUGGUCGGGUAUUUCAGCAAGGAGAAAUGCUCGGAAAUGGGGUACAAUCUCGCGUGUAUCAUGACGCUGCCACCGCAUCAGCGAAAGGGGUACGGGCAUUUUAUGAUCCAGUUCUCGUACGAGCUGAGCAAGAUCGAGCGGAAGGUAGGGAGUCCGGAGAAGCCGCUGUCGGAUCUGGGGCAUAUCUCGUAUCAUAGUUUUUGGAAGGAGGAGAUCAUAAAAUUGUUGGCGAAGUCGCAUCAGCAGAUGCUGUCGUUGGUGGAUAUCGCGAAAAUGACAUCGUUCACGACGGAGGAUAUCCAGGAAACGCUGAAGCUGCUGGAUUUGUUGAAAUAUUAUAACGGACAGUAUAUUCUGACAGUGCCGCAGAAUCUAUUGGAUAUGCUUCCGAAGAGUAAACGGAAAGGACCGAUCGUGUAUCCGGAGUGCAUUCAUUGGCGACCAUCGCGAGUAGGAGAGAGAAGGGAGGCGUGA